AGGGCAACGGCUUUGCAGUCGACAGUGGUGGGGUGAUGUUGAGAAGAUGGGGGCUGUGAUGUCCUACGUGCAGAAAAGAUGCCAAACGGGGGAGUUUGGGCCGAACUACCUGGGUGCAUUGCCAGUGGCCGUCCGUAGGAAUGAACGUGCACAGCGGAAGAUCUGUUUGAGAGAUCACUUCUUGUACGAAGUAUAUCAUCGCUUGGGUGGCCAAUACUUGCACUACAUUCGGCUGCCAGAGGGAAGCAAUGUUUCAGUCCAGGAGUGCCUCAAUCAGCUGGGCGUACAGGUGCAUCUUACCAUCGAUGGCUUGGUAAAGGCUUUGAAAAUGCUUCGGGCCAACCAAUGUGCCAACAUCGAGGUCUUUGCGGAUGUCUACAAGGAGAUCUCGGAGAUCUUCAAGAUCUCGGAGAGCAUUGGGAGCAUUGGCCGCGAGCAGGAGAUGCUCCGCGGAUUGGUCUUUGUUGCUGCAGGUAUCAGGACACUCGAGGAAUGCACCUGGGAGGAGGAGCCCAACAUCCAAUGGCUGACACAGGUGCCAUCAUUGAAAGUGUCCUACCACAGAUAUGGUCCGCCGUUGCAGCGCUAUUUUUUGGAAGUGCUGCAGAUGCCUGAGGUGCAUCCAGGCUUUCGUCCAAGUUGUCUGAUCACAGCUUUGAAGAACUUGGUGGAGCAUGUGGAAAAGGCGAUGUCUCGAAACCGUCAGGAGAGCUUGCCUGGGACUCCAACAACAGCUGGUCAGUUGUUAGAUUCCAUGAAAGAUUUGGCAGCUCAGAUCUAUGGUGCUUUGGCGCAGGCUUGCCGCAAAUCCUCCAUGACAUGGCAUGCUGAUGUGCGCCGUGCCUUUGUCCAAGAGCGUUUGCUCUUGCUGCCGGGUCAAGACUCACCAAGCAACUCAAGCAACCCAAGCAACCCGAACAGCAGUAACAGCAGGACAAGCAGUUCACAGCGAGCAAAGCGGCCCAAGCGCUUGUUUGCGAAAGAGGCUUGGUGGGAUGUGGAAGAUGAACUCGCAGAGUCAAAGGCGGCGAAUCUCAGUUUGCGGCCCUUGUAUGAGGGUGUCCUAGGCGUCCCUGAUGCCGAGUUCCUCUUCUUGCGCGUCCUGGGUCUUCGAAAACGAUGCUCUCGUGCAGACAUCGCGCAUCGAUUGAAGGCGAGCAUGAACUGCCCAGGUCCUUUGAGCAAUUGGGCAGAGGGGAUUGACAUCACUGACCUGGAGGAAUUAGAAGACAUUCAAACGAGCAGCUAUUUUCGGCCUCCGGAUUGGAGAGUGCCAGAGAGGCAGACACAGGAGUCGCAAGAGACGGACAGCAGAGUGAAUGAAGCACGGCGAGUGGCCGCAGCGGCAGCGUUCCAGCCCCCACCCGCUGCGUCGCCUCAUCCGCCCGCCUGGCGCAGCACAGCCUCGGCCGCGGACGCCGCGCGGCGAGCGGAGGCGGCGCUAGAAGCACAGCGCGAUCAGCGCGAUCAGCGCGCAACGUCGACAGCUGAGGGGAACAAACGUAGAACAAAUCUGACAACACAGAGAUGUCAAAAUCAUGCAGAGAGGAGAGAUGUCGCAGAUGCUCCAGUGCAACAAAUGCAGCAAGCCCAACAAGUGCAAAGAAUGCAAAGAAUGCAAAGUGUGCAAAGUGUGCAAAGUGUGCCAGAGCAGAAUGAGCAAAGAGCAGAGCAGAGAACAGAGAUGGCGGAGAAAUUCCAAAAUUCUUCGGCUCCGAAUUCAUCUCCUUCAGCUCGAACUCCCAGGCACCGCUUUGCUUGGCGGGAGCCACAUCAAGAGCACGCAGAGAGGCCACAGAAAGUCACCUGGGCGCAACUGCGAGCGCAACAGGAGCAAAAAAGGCACGUUUCAGUGCUGCGGGAGUCGCUGCAAUCGCCGAAUGUGCAGCCCACGCGAGCAUCACGGGCUUCUGCGUGGGCUUCUUUUGUCGGAACCAUGGCAAAUGACUUGGUCGACUUGGUCGAUAUAGAUGGGAAAUGA